AUGGGUAGGCCACGAGGCAAUCGCCGGGAGGACCAGGAGGGCGGUGCCGAGCGGUGGAACCGUGGACGCCGUGAUGAUGGUGGGCGACAGGACCGCGGUGGCCGAGGCGACGUGGGCGACCAGGAUGGCGACCAGAGGAGGGAUCGCGGAUGGCGGCGUGACGACGGCAACCUGUCUCGCGGUGGUGACCGUGGACGUCGUGACGACGGCAACAUGUCUCGCGGCGGCGACCGUGGGCGGCGAGAACGCCAGCAGCCCGACCGCAAUGGCGGACGUAACGGAGAUGGUGUCAGGACGCUCAGCCGGAGUGUGUCUGAAGCUCCCGAGGAUGGUGCACCGGCACGCGUGGGCAAGCCUGACGAGGGGGACGAGGCUGGGAGAUCUGACGUUGAGGAGGCUGGAGACGAGGAGGGGCGCGGGCGGCGACGCCAGCAGGCGGCAUCGCGCUCGCUGCUCCACUCACAUCGAGAGGAACCUGAGUUGCCGGCCACGCACCACCACCGCUCCAAGGACAAGAAGAAGAAAGGUGAACGCUUCAACAAGCGCGAGUGGGUGCUGGACGAGGAGAACGACGCGGAACUGGCCGAAAUGGAUGCGCUCAAGCGCAUGCAGGAGGAGAAGGCUGCGCGUGUGCGUGCCAAGGCUGCCGCGGAGGCACGCAAGGCCCGCGAGGCGCUCGAGAAGGAUGUCUACAUCCCCGGCAACAUAUCGGUUGCGCAGCUUGCGGACAAGUUUGGCGUCAAGGUCAUGCACCUUCAGCGCAAGAUGGUCGAGCUCGGGAUGGGCGAGGACGUGCGCGGCGCGGCGUUCCUGCUCAACGUCGACGACGCAACCUCCCUCGCCCUCGAGUACAACCUCAACCCUAUCAUUGAUAGUGACCGCGGCUACAACAUCUACCCCGAGCCAGAGGACGACCCAAGCAAAUCUCCCCUGCGUCCCCCUGUGGUCACCAUCAUGGGACAUGUUGACCAUGGCAAGACGACUCUGCUCGAUGCGCUGCGGCACACGUCUGUGGCUGCCGGCGAGGCGGGCGGCAUCACGCAGCAUAUUGGUGCGUUCUCCGUCCCGCUCUCGUCGUUGCAGAAGGACGCCGACUCGGAUUCUACCAUCACCUUCCUCGACACGCCAGGCCACGCCGCUUUCACGGGCAUGCGUGCGCGUGGCGCCAGCGUCACCGAUCUCGUUGUACUGGUCGUCGCUGCCGAUGACGGAGUCAUGCCCCAGACCAAGGAGGUCAUCAACCUCGUGCAGAAGGAGGGUGACAAUGUGGGCCUCGUUGUGGCGAUCAACAAGUGCGACAAACCACAGAUCGAUGUCGCCAAGGUCAAGGCUGGUCUCGGUGCCGAGGGCAUCAUCCUCGAGGAGGACGGUGGUGACGUCCCCUCCGUGCGCGUCUCAGGUCUCGCCCGCCUGGGUCUGGACGAUCUCGUCGAGACGCUUGCCACGCUUGCCGAGGUACGCGACCUGCGCGCCCGCGAGGACGGCAAGGCUGAGGGCUGGGUGCUCGAGUCGAACGUCGACAAGGGCCUUGGCACGGUCGCGACCGUGCUUGUGACGCGCGGUACGCUGCGCGACGGUGCCCCGAUCGUCGCAGGCAACACAUGGGCACGCGUGCGCACAAUGACGGACUCGGCUGGCAACCCAGUCGGUGAGGCGGGGCCAGGAACACCCGUGUCGGUCACUGGAUGGAGGGAUGUGCCGAUCGCUGGCGACCAGCUGCUCGAGGCACCGUCCGAGGCCAAAGCCAAGUCCUGUAUCGAUAACCGCCUCCGUGACCAGCAGCGCAAGCAGCUGGCGGAAGACGCCGAGGUUAUCAACAUUCGCCGUCAGGAGGACCGCCUGCGCCUCGAGGCGGAGCGCGUCGAGGUCAAGGCUGCCAAGGAGGCAGGUGUGAGCGUCCAGCAGGCGCUGCACAAUGCGCGCCGGGCAGCAGCCGAGGCGGCGGACUCGGGGCGCAAAGAGUUGCGCCUGAUCAUCAAGGCCGACGUGAGCGGCACCGUCGAGGCGGUUGUGGGCUCGCUGAGCGCUAUUGGGAACAAGGAGGCUGGGGUCAAGAUCGUGCACACGGGCGUUGGCAAUGUGACGGAAAGCGACGUGAUGUUGGGCGACGCGGCGGACGGCACGGUUAUUGGGUUCAAUGUCGUUUGUCCGCGCGCGAUCCAGAGCGCAGCGAGCGACGCCGGGGUCCCCGUCAUCACUGACGGCGUCAUCUACCGCCUCAUUGACAAUGUGCGUGCGCGCGUGGCGGCACUGCUGCCACCACGCAUCGAGACGCGCGUCAUCGGUGAGGCAACGGUGAGCAUGAUUUUCCCCAUCAAGAGCGGCCGCAAGGUAGUCAAGAACAUCGCCGGGUGCAAGAUCAUGAACGGCACGAUCGCCAAGGCGGACAAGGUGCGCGUGCUGCGCGACCGCGAGGUUGUGUUCGAGGGCUUGAUGGACACGCUCAAGCACAUGAAGAAGGACGUGCUCGAGAUGCGCAAGGGCACCGAGUGCGGAGUUGCUCUUGAGGGCUUUGACGACAUCCGCGAGGGCGACCAGAUCGUGACCUUCCAGACGUUUGAGGUCGCGCGCGAGCUCAACUGA